ACAAAUGCGAGUGUCAAGUUCGCAUAAAUACACGUAGGUUUACGUGCAUUUCCACUCAUACCAAUUACACUUGCGAAUGCUACAGCUACACCCAGUGAUUUUCCACUUCGUUUGCGGGAAUAAAACCAUCAAUUUGACGGAAUAUUUACCAAAUUGUCUCGUCAUCUGUUCGGUUAUUAUACUACAUUUGUGUCUUCAGCUCAAAAUACACCAUGCCUCUUGCAGUGUUUGUGACGAAUGUGGAUGUCAGCUCGACGAUGGAGGAGAUUGCGACAGGACUUUCCCACAUAUUGGCAGACAGAUUGCAUAGGGAAGAGGAGAAGAUAACCGUUCACAUCCAUCCGAAUCAGUUCAUGCUCCGGGGAGGGUCGACCGACCCGGCCGGCUAUAUCUCACUGUGUACAUCCCGUGGAUUCGGGGACGUAGAGCAUCGGAGAGAAACAUCUCAAAAGAUCUUGGACUUCAUCAAGGAGCACCUUAAACUUAAAAAUGCCUCGAGGUUCAUGGUCUAUAUGCACACGAUGUCAGCCGACGAUAUCGGUGUCGAUGGCGGUCUAGUAUCGGAUCGGUUUGGGUGCAUGGGACAAGGAGGACCAUUCGAUGUCAGAUGGCACAAAUUGACCAAAUAAAUAUUCUUCUCCUGCGCUCUUCUCGAACGAAAGUCUUGAGUUUAUAUCGCUGUUUUCUUGAUAAAUAUGUAUAAUUACUGUUCUUAUUUCCAUUUUCUCUCUAUCUGUAUAGCCUUUUCUACUCUUAAUUAUGUAUAUUGAUCAAAAAAGUAUAUUAAAUCAGAUCAUGAUGUAAAAAAUAUAUCUUAUAGACCAGUUCGUAGUUACUUCAUGGGCAAUUUUGGUCAAAUGACCUUUCAUUUCUU